AAGAACCAAACCCUGGUUCUUUGCAAGAGUAGCCAAUGCUCUUAACCACUAAACCAUCUCUCUAGCCCUAGGUUCCAAGUUUUUUGAAAGAGGGACCUGCUUCAUCUUGGGCUGGCCUGAAAUUUGUACUUCUCUCACUUUCGGCUUCCAGAGUGCUGGGAUUAGAGUGCUGGAAUUUCAAAUGUGCAUCACAACUGAUUUGGCUUCAGAUUCUUGACCUAUACAUGCAAAAUUCAGAACCACAGGUUAGGGCUGCUUUUUCUUUUCUUUUCUGUGAUUUAGUCUAAAUUCCAGCGUCCAUCAGGUAUAUCGAACCUUUUGACAUGGCAUUGUCAUCUACAAAGCCCACACUUGAAAUAUAAAAAACAAACUUCCAAAACAGAUUUCAAGUUUCAGUAAGUUCAUUGGCUGAAUGCAGGCUGGACUUGCCUACGAGGGGGACCCUGCUACUACGUUCUCCUGACCAGUCACGGUGGAGAACACCGACUCAAAAGAUGCUUCUGGUCCGGGAGAGGUUGGAGGGUGCUGUUACUAUGAAAACCGAAGAGCAUUUAAGUGCACCAGCGGCAGACCUUGCUGACCACAGCCACGUAGCGGGAUGCAGGCGGCUGGGCGUGCACUGACUACGGCGGAGUGUUCCGCGAACGCUCACGGGACACUCAGUUCGCCCGCGAGGUUGCUCGAGGCUAGCCCGUAGCAUCCUCUCUCCAGACCCUGCCUCACCAACUCGCAGCAGGCCGAGAGCCGCGCGUCUGGAGGUCCGGCAUUUUCAACAGCCGGUGACGCCAAGAGGAUCUUUAGGAGCAGAAGGUGGGUCCGGAAGGAGACGGGAUUGUACAGUGCUAGGGCUGAGUCGUGGGCGGCUCGAAGCGAGGCCCGAGAGGGUGGUCCCUGCGUCCUAGGGCAAAAAGCCGCGCGCGGUUCCGCUCACGGCCGCUUCGGCCACCUCCGGGGAGUUUCGGCUCUUUCCGUCAGUUCCCGCUCAGCCCACACUUCGGGCGCGCGGUCGCCCUCUCCGAGUCCGGCCGCCUUUUCCUGGCCUUUGACGGUACUGCACCCCGACGCGUGCGUAUCUCACCUAUUCCUUCCCUACUGGCCUCCACUCGUUCCUUCAACGCCGGGGUCCUUCCUCAGCUCCCGCAACUCGGCCGCUCACUCCCCGCCUCGAAGGCGUCCGCCUCGCGUUCAGCCCCGCGCGCGCGCCCUCGGCCGCAGCCUGGCGCUCAGCGGACCAGACCCUCCCUGGAAAAAGAGACAUGAUUGUCUGCAAUGAUACUUCCUGACACGAAGUUGAUUCCAGAGAAGGAAAGGAAAUUAACAGCUAGUAUAGGCAGAAUUUCUGAACAACCAGAAUUUUCUAUUUAUUGCUUUCAACUAUAGACUUCUAUUGCCUAUUUUUAAAUUAGCAGUAUUCUCAGUAAUCAGACAAAGAUACUCUUCUGUAUUUUUUGAAGAUCAAGAAAACUGCAAUGUCUAGGAAACAAAGCCAGAAAGAUUCAUCAGGAUUCAUAUUUGAUUUGCAGUCCAAUACUGUACUGGCCCAGGGAGGAACUUUUGAGAACAUGAAAGAGAAGGUAAAUGCAGUGCGCGCAAUAGUUCCUAAUAAAAGCAACAAUGAAAUCAUCCUAGUUUUGCAGCACUUUGAUAAUUGUGUGGACAAAACAGUACAAGCAUUCAUGGAAGGUAGCGCCAGUGAAGUACUCAAAGAAUGGGUAGUAACAGGCAAGAAAAAGAACAAAAAGAAGAAAAGCAAACCAAAACCUGCAGCAGAAGCAAGCAGCAGUGUCCCAGAUUCCAAUAAAUUGAUGUCCAUUCAAGAGGAGCAGCCUGUACCUCCAGAGAAAGGUGGCAUCAAUGGUUACCAUGUCAAUGGUGCCGUCAAUGAUGCUGAGUCUGUGGAUUCACUGAGUGAAGGUUUUGAGACACUUUCAAUAGAUGCCAGAGAAUUGGAAGAACCUGAGUUUGCCUCAUCAGAUACACUGGAUAGAACAGGAUCUGUGCUGGAGAAUGGCAUGUCUGACUUGGAGCCCAAGUCUUUGACUACAUACUCUAUUCAUAACAUUCAGCAAUCCAGGAAUGCUACCAGAUCUCUCUCAAGAGCCACCACAGGACCACAGGUUUCAAAUCUGGGAAUGGAGAACGUUCCACUUUCCUCCACCAAUAAAAAGCUAGGUUCUAACAUUGAAAAAUCUGUAAAAGAUCUGCAGCGCUGCACUGUAUCUCUUGCACGAUACCGAGUUGUAGUUAGAGAAGAGAUGGAUGCUUCCAUUAAGAAAAUGAAACAAGCUUUUGCCGAAUUGCAAAGCUGUUUGAUGGAUCGAGAGGUGGCGUUGCUUGCUGAAAUGGACAAAGUGAAAGCUGAAGCCAUGGACAUUUUGCUCAGCAGGCAAAAGAAAGCAGAACUUCUCAAGAAGAUGACCGAUGUGGCUGUACAAAUGUCAGAGGAGCAGUUGGUUGAACUCAGAGCUGAUAUCAAGCACUUCGUUAGUGAACGUAAAUAUGAUGAGGAUCUUGGAAGAGUAGCUCAGUUCACUUGUGAUGUAGAGACUCUGAAAAAGAACAUUGACUCGUUUGGACAAGUGUCCCAUCCAAAGAACAGCUACUCUACCAGAUCUCGAUGUAGCUCAAUGGCGUCUGUGUCCUUGAGUGGCCCAAGUGAUGGCUCUGCUGCUUCCUCCUCCUUCUGUGCCUCUGUUCCCAGCUUUACAGGUGCUAACAAGAGAAACUGUGCGCCAGGAGAGAGUUCUGCAGCUGUAGCAAAUUCCAGCGACCAGCCCUGCCAGGCUCAUCGGGAGGUAUUUCCAGGGAACAGACGAGGAGGACAAGGCUACAGGCCACAAGGUCAAAAGACCAAUGACCCUACAAACCAAGGGCGACAUGACAAUGUGGGUCGUCACAGAAAUAGCUCGCAGUAUUCAUCUGGUUCCAGGUAUCAGAGUGCUCCACCCCAGGCACCGGGAAACUGUAAUGAAUGGAGCCACGCCCACUCUGCAGGAACCAGUGGAAUUGGAGCCAGCACAGAGCCUAGAUCACCCAAGCCUUCCUUCAAAAAGGGGCUCCCCCAGCGCAAACCCAGGACCUCUCAGCCUGAAGCUGUGAACUCCUGAGAGAGAUGCCAGUUGGCCUGUCUAUUCUAUCCCAUACAGUUCAACCUGAUAACUGGACUUUAGGAAACAUAUGCUUAGGUUUAAUAACUAAAAGUUUAUGCGUAUCACUCCAGGCUAUUUUAAAUAUUUUUGGUCUCUUAUUUUUUUGCGGGGAAGCUGUUUUUCCCUUGACCUUUCCCAGUAAUAUGGACUGACUCUCGUGGGUCAUUUUCACCAGGAAAUCAGCAGCUGUUGCCACUUUACCCAGGGGCGAGCAGUCUUCUUCCCAGCACCCAUCUUCCAGCUGCCCAAAGAGGCCUUAUUCAGCAAGCACCCACUGCAGAGGCUGUCUUGGGAAGCAGAAGGCCAGAGCUAGUCCUGUCACUUUUUCGUUUAUUUUAUGCAGACACCACAGAUGCCUGCCAGAUUCUCCCUAAAUGGCAGUUUGAACAAGAGUAGCAAUGAGGGGAUUUUAUAUUAUACUGAAUUCAUCAGAAAAGGGGAAUAAAUGUUAAUUUGUGAAAGGGGGAAAACACUAGGAAACAUUUGAGAACCUGCCUCUAUCCAGAAUGUGCCUGAGAUCUGACACUCAAACCAGGGUUUCAGUCCCAUGCUUGGCACCAUAGAGCUUCACGUGCAGUUUCUUCCAAAUGCCCAGAGCCUUGUCUUCUCUUACCUUGGGCUACAAAUGGGUCUGAGGAAGUCUAUGGGAAAGUAGUGUUUUAAGCUUUUUGAAAGUUAAAAAAAAAUUGUUUCAGUGUUCAGAGAUUGUUGUUUUUCUCCCUCUCCUGAAUCCUCUCCUGUUAUGAACCAAAUUUAUAAUAUAAUUAAUGUUAAGCUAAGAUGAUGCUCAUCCAAAAUUGUUGCGGUCAUCUUCAUAGAUGGAUAAAUAAAAGCAACCUUGUAAACAUC